CCCGGCCGUCUGCGAAGAACUAAGAUGGCCGGCAAUGUGAUCACAAUCCCAGUGUGGCCGAACUCCGACGGCACCAAUGCCAGCGACAAAGGCGUAGGGCGUGUCCAAAAUGACGCCUACUACCAGGAACGCCUGGCCCAGUUGUGGAUGAAGGACCAGAACCGUCUCCAACCUGGAGUCGUUUACAAGUUGGACCAGAUGCCGACUGGAUACUCGGGCUGGGAAAAGCGACGGGGAACCACCACACACGUCGAUCGAUACUUAGCAGGGCAUCCCUCGGGCAAAGAUUUUCGGUCGAUAAAUGAAGCUUGGCCACACUUCCAGCAUUUGAUACUACACGGAGGACCCGACGGAUGUCAUUGUAUCUUGUGUACAGGAGGUCGAAAGUAUCGGCCCGCUCCAGCUACGACAACAGCUCCCACCUUCCCGAGGUCUCGCAAGACGCAAAAGACCUUGGACUCAGACUCGCAUGCUCCUAAGCGGUUUCAGCAACUUGAUUCAGAAGGCAUACCAGACUACUACCGACUCCUGCUGGACAUAGUAAAGGCUGCCGGACCUGAAGGGAAUGUCUAUGAGGAUGUGAUUGACUAUCUCUCGCCUGAUUGGAGAGUUGGUAAUCAAUUGCUCCAAGGGGCUUUAGAGGAGUGGCAACAGCAGCCAGCAUUCACUCCACGAGUGGGGGAAAUCGUCCUCUUCACUCGCACGCUAUCUGCAGAAGACAAGCUUUGCUGGGAUACGAGCACCUCUACCCUGCGCCCGUACUCCUCGGCCGGAUGGCGUGACGUGCCGCGCUGGGAGGCGGGCGUAGUUACACAACUUCCCACCGAGCCCGUGUCAGAGGAAGAUUUGCAGGAGAUUCCGACGUCCAAGACGCAGAGUAUCGUCUACUCCGGUUUCCGAGUGGAACCAUUAUCCGAGCCUGGAAACCAGUCCAAGCCAUUCACAUCCCAACACAAGUAUGUCCCGCUCCAUGCGCUGCGACCAUUCUCAUUCUACAAAGAAUGCCUUGCGGGUACUGCACAAGCACAGUGGCAUCCCACCAUUCGGCAUGCCCUCACAGUGACGAGCUCCUGGAGCCUGAUCGGCAAGUACAGCUUCGCUGGAUCCUGGCCUGAAGCAACAUUAUUUUGUCGGGGUAUGUAUCUGGGGCCUGAACUGGUCAUGAUGGGCGAUGUUGUCUGCCUUGAGCCCAAAAAGAUUGAGGGUCGACCUGACACGAUAAUGGAUGUUUUGGUGGUGACUUCGAUACGACUACGCUUCGUCAAGCUUGAGGAAGCGAGCGACGAUGAUUACGAUGAUGGAUACCCAUACACAACGUGUCUCCAUGUCGCUGGCAGGGCCUAUACCCUCGAUCCGAAGCACAGCUACGGUGGCAUUGCCGCCUCGCCUGCUCGACCGGAUGAAGGCGACUUCCCAUCCGUCUUGAGAGAAUAUGGUAAUUGGUUUCAUAUCACGGAUCCUCGGAAUGAGCGCCAAAGAUUGGAAAUUCCCUACAUACGAGUGCUUGGUCGGUGCAUCGACAAGGCAUCUUUGCAAAAAUGGUUCGCGGAGCCACCUCAUAUUGUUGGACAGCAUGCAGUCAAGAACAAGGCAGUAGACAUCUCUCGAGGACUGUCUGCAAUGCGAGAUGCAAAGGCGUACAGCCGAGAGCAGGAUGCACGGAUUGAUAAGAACAACGGGCAGUCGUGGUUUUGGGCAGAGUCUCGGAUUGAGCAGCUGGACUUGUAUGAGAUUAACGGACGAUUCGUGGGCAACAAAGACCACACACGGGACCAAACGCAGGUGAACUCGUGGCGUCAGGCGCUGAAAGUGCUCGACGGCAAGAAGGGCGCGUUGGAUGAGUAUCUGGCAGCCAAAAGACAGCGAGAAGAAGAGAAAAAGUCGGGAGUUACUCACUCUGAUACCUGGGGAAUGAUGGGCUCUGCUGCACAAGGAGGGGGACGUACGGAAGACGAUGAAGGUGGCGAAGGUGGGAAUGCUAUGGACGUGGACGAAGUCGCUGAAAGUCCGUUGCAAGAGCUUUCACUCGAUGAGCAUGUCAACAAUGAGCGCGGACAGAUUGAUGAGGAUGCUCUCAUGAUGGUUGAUGGUGGAUCGUCCCUCGAUCCAGCCGCAGGAGUUCAACCGAUCCCUGGCUGCAGGAAUCAGUAACAGCCUGCCCAACAAGUCAUGAUUGUGGAAUGCAAGACUUGGCUCAUGAGAAUACGAAAUGAUGGGUAAAUAGAUGUAAUGUUUAAUAGCCAGACCCAGAUUGAAC